GUUUUCAGAAAUUCAGACAAUGUUUUGGGCAUAAUUGGGAUUUGCGCAGGCCACUGGUAAGAAGUUGAGACGUUAUUUUCUCUUCCCUUCCAUUUUUUUGCUUCUUCUUCACUGUUUCCACCAGAGGAGAGCUUCAGCCCUGCCUUCUCAUAUAAACCCACCAGAGAAAAUUAGUGCAGAAAGAGAUUGUAGAGCAGAUCUGGCAAAAAAAAGCUUCUGAAGCUGAGCAUUUCAUCAAUCAAUGGCUUCCAAAUUGAUUCUGAUUAUAGUUUUGGUAAUCGACGUUAUUGCUUUUGCUCUGGCUGUUGCCGCUGAGCAAAGAAGAAGCACUGCCAAGGUUGUUCAAGAUAAAGAAGUGGAGCACAACUAUUGUGUGUACGACUCAGACAUCUCGACGGGCUAUGGCGUCGGUGCUUUUCUACUACUCAUGGCGAGCCAGGGCGUGAUAAUGGCAGCUAGUCGAUGCUUUUGUUGCGGGAAGUCGUUGAAUCCUGGAGGUUCAAGGGCCUGGGCUAUUAUCCUAUUCAUAAUCUGCUGGGUGUUUUUCUUCAUCGCCGAGGUUUGCUUGUUGGCGGGGUCGGUAAGGAACGCCUACCACACCAAGUACCGAACCUUGUUCAGCGACGAUCCUCCCUCAUGCCAAACUUUGAGGAAGGGAGUUUUUGGUGCAGGUGCAGCCUUCAUUUUCUUCAAUGCCAUUGUAUCUAAACUCUACUAUAUAUUCUACUCCAAGGCCAGAGAAAGCCUACUUCCAUACGGCGGAGAAACUGGCGUCGGGAUGGGAACCUACAAAUGAGCGUAUGCGUAAUUAAGUCUAAUAGGUUUUCUUCAGAUUUUAUCGACGAACUCGGACCGAUUUUGAGAUGAUUUUGCAUAUCAAGUAUUGGUUUUUACUUAGGAAGAAACGUUAGUAUCAUAAGUUUUACUUUUGUGUAGCUCUUUGUUUCCCUUUUAACCACUGCUGGGCUCUUUUUUUUUUUUUUUUCCUUCAUGUUUUUUGGUGGAUUGUUACAUUUGUAUUGACAAUAAGAGAAACAUUGGUUGUAUUCGUAUAAAUAUUUGUAUUCUUUUAUGAAUCCUGUUUUACAUUUUUGCCA